CCAACUAUUAAUUUCCUAAUCAAUCCUAAUUUUUUAUUCUUAAAUUUCCCAUUCCCAAUUUCCCACACUCAAAACCCCCUAAAAGCCAAGGACCUGGUCAAAUAAUUGGUACAAUAAAUCAAUCAUAAACUCAAGACCUAAGCUAUUUCAGGCUUAUUGAAUGGGUUUGCAGAUUCAAUGAUAAUAACCUAGAAAACCCAAAUAAAAGCAUAUAAAAAUCUCUUAAGAAGCCGACCUGAAGAGCAAAAUCAAAAAAGAGAAGUAAUACUCCGUAGAGAAUGGAAGAAGGGUUGUUAGUAAAGAAGGAAGAAGAAGAACAGGGAUUAAAAUGGAAAGAAAUAAGAGAAGAAAUGAAUAGAAUGUGCAAAAUUGCAGGGCCAAUGAUAGCAGUAAUGAUGUCUCAGUAUAUGAUUCAGGUUGUAACUUUGAUGAUGGUGGGUCAUCUUGGUAACCUUUACUUGGCUAGUACUUCUCUUGCUGUUUCUCUUGCUGCUGUUACCGGCUUCAGCCUCAUGGUUGGGAUGUCAGGUGGAUUGGAGACUAUAAGCGGGCAAGCAUAUGGUGCAAAACAAUACAUGAAAGUAGGAACUCAAACAUACACGGCCAUUUUCUCCCUCACUAUAUUGGUUAUCCCACUAAGCAUCAUAUGGAUAAAUAUGGGCAAAUUACUCAUAAUCUUAGGCCAAGAUCCUUUAGUUGCACAUGAAGCUGGUAAAUUUAUGACAUAUCUUGUGCCAACACUCUUUGCUUAUGCGGUGUUUCAACCCCUCGUUCGAUACUUUCAAUCGCAAAGCCUGGUCGUUCCUAUGUUCCUAAGUUCGUGUGCUACUCUUUGCUUACAUAUACCCCUUUGUUGGGCUUUGGUUUACAAGUCUGGGCUACAAAAUCUUGGAGGGGCUAUCGCAAUGGGAUUGUCGAACUGGCUUAAUGCCAUUUUUCUUGCAUUGUACAUGAAGUUCUCGCCCUCAUGUGCUGCUACUCGUUCUCCACUUUCCAUGGAUAUCUUCCAUGGCAUAGAAGAGUUUCUUCGUUUUGCUAUUCCGUCUUCUGCAAUGGUUUGUUUUGAGUGGUGGUCAUACGAAUUGGUGAUUUUACUAUCCGGGCUUUUGCCAAAUGCAGAACUCGAGACCUCUGUUCUUUCUGUCUGCUUGACAACUACUUCCACACUGUUUGCAAUACCUUAUGGAAUUUCAUCUGCUGCAAGCACAAGAGUUGCGAAUGAACUUGGGGCGGAAAACCCACAAGCAGCUCGUACAGCAGCUCAUGGAGCUGUCAUACUAGGGGUUGCAAACGGUAUACUGGUGAGCGCAAUCCUAUACGCUACUCGAAAUCUUUUCGGGUAUUGUUUCAGCAGCGAGAAAGAUGUUAUAAAGUAUAUCAGUUCUUUGGCAUAUUUGGUUUGUGCUAAUGCUCUACUGGAUAGUAUACAAGCAGUCAUUUCAGGGGUUGCAAGAGGGUGCGGGUGGCAACAUAUAGGUUCGUUCGUGAAUCUCGUUGCAUUCUAUGUUGUGGGAAUACCGGUUGCAGCUGGAUUAGCCUUCUGGAUGCGGCUCAAUGGAACAGGUCUUCGGGUUGGGAUUCUUUGUGUUGCCAUAACUCAGACGGUCUGUCUAGCUAUUAUAAGUAGCCGUACCAACUGGGAAGUGGAGUCAAGGAAAGCUAGAAGAAGAAAGCUUGAGAGUUAACAAUCAACAAGAUUUGAAGAAGCAGAGAGUCAGAGACAACUCACAUACUAGUUAUGUUUAUAAAGAUCUGAAGACUGAAAUGGGAUGGGAUUUGUUGAGGAUCGUUAUCCGGCAAUCUGAACCUUUCAUUAAGGACCGUGUUGGAUUCAGGAUUUUAACUAUGAUGAAUCCUUGAGAGUCAAGAUUGAUCAUAAUAAUUAGUCGAAAGCAAAAAAAAUAAAUUAAAAGGGUAAUGAUAUUGGAGUAUUUUUUACAUGAGAAAUUCGAUAUUUUUUUUAAGAAAAGCAUAAUUUAUAAUUUAUGAGAGCUCUUAGGCCCCUCAGUCCGCCAAUGAUUAAGUUUGGCUUUAAAUGAGUUAGGGUCUAGUGGAUAAGGCUUUAGAAUGAAUGGAAGAUCACACAUUAGGCUACUUGCAUACUUUGCCUUUGCAAAUUUUGUAGCUGAAACAAAUUCAAUUGAAAUGAAUAUUUAUUUUAGAAUUUAGAAAA